CUCAACUGAACAACAGCAAAUACAAUAUACAAGAAAAAAACAAAAAAAAAAAGAGAAAAAAUAUAUUAGCAGAGACCACCCAACUUCCCAAUAUUCCCCGAAAAGUGCAAUAAAUUCCUGUGAUUCCAGUGAACACGACAUACGAUAAGCAAUGGACGUAAUCAAUAAAUUCUAUUCAACCGUACACACAACCGUCUCACAAUUGUCAGGGGUCCUUCCUGGAAAUAAUGUUACGCGAGAGUACGAAGUCUUAGAUCAAGUGUGUACCGCAGGUGUUGGCCUCUUGUGGAAAGUCUACAAUGGCUAUAAGAAAUCCACAAAGCAGGAAGUUUCCGUGUUUGUUUUCGAAAAGAAAGCCCUGGAUCGAUGGUCCAAAGAGGAUAGAGAGGCCAUAUUGGAGACCUUGCGUAGGGGUGUGCAACAGCUGACAAAAAUACGCCAUCCCCAUGUGCUGACUGUGCAACAUCCUUUGGAGGAGAGUCGUGACUCAUUGGCCUUUGCCACCGAGCCAGUUUUUGCCUCUUUGGCCAAUGUUGUGGGCGAUCAGGUGAGAGCGGAAAAGAAGCUCUACGAUGUGGAAAUACGACAUGGUCUACUCCAACUAUUCGAUGGUCUACAAUUUCUUCAUAAUGAUGCCAAAAUAGUUCAUCGCAAUAUAUGUGCAGAGACGGUGGUGAUCAACAAGAAUCGCAGCUGGAAGCUUUUCGGUUUUGACUUUUGUGUGGCCAAUCAACCGCAACCAGAUGGCAAACCCUAUUGGCCCUGCAAAGAGCAUUCCACAUCGAUACAUAUGUUGGCCCAGCCCAGCUUGGAGUAUACAGCGCCAGAGAUUGCCUUAAACAACAUUAAUUCGACAGACAGUGAUUUGUUUGCUUUAGGAAUUCUAAUCUUCACCAUAUAUUCGGGUAAACCGUUGAAAUUAUUCGGUUCAGAUUACAGCGCCUUUAGGCGACAUGCCAAUGAUCUGAAUCAACGCAAAUAUCCGCCUAUGAAUGCAGUGCCAAGUGAAUUGACCGAAAGCCUAAAGGCUUUGCUACAUCCCAGUCCACAUUUGAGACCAAAGCUACAUGAUUUGAAGGAGGUAACCUACUUCCAUGAUGUUGGUGUUAAAACUCUCAGCUAUUUGGAUUCCCUCUAUCAAUGGGACAAUCUACAAAAGUCCAAAUUUUACAAAGGUCUACCACAAAUUAUACCCACUCUACCGCAUCGUGUCAAUCUACACUCCAUAUUACCCUAUCUUGUUAAGGAAUUUGUAAACUCACCCAUGAUCCCAUUUGUGCUCCCCAAUGUACUACUCAUUGCGGAAAUGAGCAGCCAAAAAGAAUACUGUGACCAUAUCCUACCCCACCUAAAACCUAUAUUUAAACUCACCGAUCCCAUACAAAUUCUGCUCAUAUUUAUGCAAAAAAUGGAUUUACUCUUAAAACUAACACCAGCCGAAGAGGUCAAGUUACAUGUACUGCCGCUACUCUAUCGUUCGCUGGAAUGUGAUAUGCCACAAAUACAAGAGUUGUGUUUGAAUGUUUUGCCAACCUUUUCCACUCUAAUCGAUUACAAUGCCAUGAAGAAUUCGGUUAUACCGCGCAUCAAAAAGCUAUGCUUGGUCAGCUCAAAUGUAUCGGUUAAAGUGAAUUGUCUGAUAUCGAUUGGUAAACUACUGGAGAAUUUGGACAAAUGGUUGGUCUUGGAUGAGAUUUUGCCAUUUUUGCAACAGAUCCAGAGUCGCGAACCGGCCAUUAUAAUGGCUGUUAUAGGCAUAUACAAAAUCGCCAUGACCAAUACGAAAUUGGGAAUCACUAAAGAUGUCAUGGCUCAUAAAUGUAUACCAUUCCUAAUACCCUUGAGUGUUGAGAAUGGUCUAACAAUUGCUCAAUUCAAUACAAUUGUAGCCUUGAUUAAGGAAAUGUUUGCUAGAGUGGAAAAGGAACAACGAGAAAAACUGGAACAACUAUCAACGAUACAAAGGGAUAACAAACCCAAAGAUGCCUCUGAAAUUUUGGCUGCUGAAAUGGAAAAAUCCAGCUCUGGCAAAAUGUCAUCCUCCAAUGAGGAGGACAUGUUUUCUGGUUUCUCUUUGAGCAGUCAAACAACAAAUAAAACCCAAAAUUCUACAGGUGCAGCAGCAACAGCAAACAACAAACCCAGAGAGCAAUUGAAAAUUUCUCAUUCUUCAACAGCCAAACCCGACAUUUUAUCCUCUCUUAUGAAUUCAAAUCUUAAUAACAUGAAUACCCAUGCCAUACCAAAACCUCCCUCAGCGGUUAAUCCUUUGGUAUCAACCAAUAACUUGCACCACAAUCCCUAUAGCCCUGCGGCAAACCACAACAACAGCAGCAGCAGCAAUGAUAACAAUUGGCCACAAAAUAACUGGCAUAGUGCCAAUCCUCUAGUAAUGAAUCAUCAAUUGCCAGCACCCUCAGCUACAACGACCGCGGCAAAUAAUAACUUUUCUUCCUUGGAUGAUUUGGAUCCAUUUGGUGGCAGUAAACAGCCAAAACAGCCUAUGUCAGCUGCUGCAACCACAGCAAAUUCAUUUACCCUACAAAAACCCACUGUCGAUUAUAUUUAUCCAGCAGGCUAUAAUGCCAUGAAAAACAAUUCGAAUACCCCCCUGAUGGGUGGUGUUAACAACACCAUGAAUAUGAAUGCCAUGGCCGGGGGUUUGAAUUCGCCAAUGUCAACAACACCUUUAAUGCCACAAUCGUCCUCAGCAUCGAUGGCACAGUCACAAGAUAGUCGUAAUUUGAACACCCUAAGUCAGCAGGAUAUUUUAAGUUUUUUGAAUUGAAUCUUCUUGCACACAUCCCCGGCACUUGUGGGUGCUCUUUCUUUUAUAUGUUCGUCUAUGUGUGUGAUGAAUUCUCAACUGAAACUAAAAGUCUCGUGUCAAACCAAAACAUUCCUCCCAUUUAGCGGAACUUAUCCCACGUCUUUUAAACUAAUCGUAUUGUUGUUGUUUUUCUAGUAUUUUAUUAAGUAUAAUAUUUUGUUUUUU